AUGCCUAAACCCAGUUUCCAUCGCAUCACCAAGUUGAAACGUUCAAAAGUCCAUCCCACACUCUUAAAGCCCACUCUGUUGGUUGAUAUUGCUAUUCGUCGCAAGUCUACUACUAAGAAAGGCUCAGAGCAAAGUUCGUCCAAGCUUCAUCUCAAACUGUUAGAAGCAGGACUUCGAAUCCGUCUCAUCUCAUGUCCUUCUAUCUACGAGUUGUAUCGGCAACUCACCCCACAUAAUGCCCGCAAGAACUCAUUGGUUAGCAUUUACUUUAGCGAAAUGUCUCAAUCACUUGCGUACCUGGACAUUCUGAGAGUGCUCAAGGCACAUCGCGGCCAUCGAAUCAACUAUCCAAGUACUCCCCAGCUCAUGGACGGCCUCUCCACUCCAAGAUCCAGUACCAGCGAAGAUCGUUCCGAUGGGCUGGUAACCCCGGAAGGAGUCACAGAGGAGCAUCCUUACUUGCUCUACUCGGGAAAAUGCCAGAGUAAGCGAGUGCGUCUCAUCGAUUCCAACUUGGUUAACAUUUCCAGAAUCUCCAACAAGGUACUCAAGACUUUUGUUGAGAACAACCCAUUAUUGGACCAUGCUUCGCCAGACUCCAGUGGAAACACUAUAGUGACCACUUUCAACCAACUUGAUACUGCUGUGACAUCUCUAUUCGACAUUCAAGAGUACAGUUUGGUAAGAGUGACCAGAUCUGCUUCGUCUUCAAGCAAUGGAUCAGUUCUCAUGAAAUUAGAAACAGCUAAAAGAGGAGACUUCUCGCUUAUAGACGACCGCGAGUUCAUGGAUGACAUGCUCGCCUCUCUCGGUAAACCGGGACAACGUCCGAACAACAUAUUUAUCAAGAAGGUGGUUGCUCGCCCAAGAUACAAGAGCGACAUGAAAAUCUACAUCAUUCCUUCAACCGAAGACAUUCUGUUGUACGCCGACGAGAGAAUCUUCGAACGAGAUCUCAUUAACGGAGUCAUCGACAUGGAUACACCUCCACUGAGAAAGAUUUUUACAACAUUCUUUCCAGAAAAUGUGUUGUCUCGUGUGCGGAAUCUUCUCGAUAAGAGCAAAGACAUGCAUGACAUGCACAGUGAGCCAGUGGAUAACCACAUUUUCGGCGAUAUCUCGCUUGAUAGACACGGCCUGGUGGACGAGUCGGCCACAUCGGUAACAGACAGCAUGCUGUCCAGCUCGCUGUUGCCCUCGAUGACGUCAUCCUCACUGGUGAGCUCGGACAACAGCUCUUUAGCUACCCCUAGCUAUGGAGAUAUUCUGUUUAUUCCAAACGCAAAGAAUAAAUCCGAAGAGUAUGCGGCUCCUCUCAAGUUUGACACCGAUUAUGCAGCCUAG